AGCUAGGUGCUGCGCGUGGGGCGGGAGGAUGGGGCCGGUGCGCGUGCUAGAGCUGUACAGUGGUAUCGGUGGGAUGCACCAGGCGCUGACAGAAAGCUGUAUAUCAGCAGAAGUUGUUGCUGCUGUUGAUGUGAACACUGUUGCUAACGAAGUGUACAAACACAACUUUCCCAGCACGCCAUUGUGGGCAAAGACAAUUGAGGGCAUAACACUGGCGGAGUUAAACAGAUUAUCUUUUGAUAUGAUUUUGAUGAGUCCUCCAUGUCAGCCAUUUACAAGAAUUGGCCUGCAAGGUGAUGUAUCUGAUCCAAGGACAAACAGUUUUCUUUACAUCCUUGAUAUUCUCCCAAGGUUCCAGAGGCUACCAAAAUAUAUACUUUUAGAAAAUGUGAAAGGAUUUGAAAUGUCUUCUGCCAGAGACAAACUUGUAGAAACACUAAAGAAGUGUGGAUUUAAAUACCAAGAAUUUCUCUUGUCUCCAACAUGUCUUGGCAUUCCCAAUUCCAGGCUGCGAUAUUUUCUGAUUGCAAAGCUUCAGUCAGAGUUAUUUUCCUUUCAAGCUCCUGGUCAGACAUUGGAAAAUUUCCCAGACCAGGAGCCAAAAGCUUCAGUGAAGCACAGAGUUGCUGCAGGCUUGAAAAAAGAGAGCUCCUUCAUGCCACCCAAAGAGGAAUACAUUGAUCCAAAUUCUGGUUCUGAUGGUGGCAGUGGACAGUGUUCGCAGAAGGAAGCGUUCAUUUUUAAACUCGAAACAGCGAAAGAAAUGGAAAAAAAGCGGAACCAGGACAGUGAUCUCUCUAUUCAAAUGCUAAAAGACUUCCUUGAAGAGGAUGGAGAAGAAAUGAGUCAGUACUUCUUGCCACCAAAGGCCUUACUGCGCUAUGCUUUUCUGUUAGACAUUGUGACACCCAGCUGCCGGAGAUCCAUAUGCUUCACAAAAGGGUAUGGUCACUAUGUAGAAGGAACAGGCUCAGUGCUGCAGACAGCAGAGGAUGUGCAGCUAGAAUCAGUGUUUAAAUCCAUUGAGAUGCUAUCAGAAGAAGAGAAGCUUAUGAAAUUGUCUACACUAAAACUGCGAUAUUUUACUCCUAGAGAAAUAGCAAAUCUCCAUGGAUUCCCUCCAGAAUUUGGCUUUCCUGACAAGAUAACAAUGAAGCAACGCUACCGCCUCCUGGGAAACAGUCUCAAUGUACAUGUAGUGGCUAAACUGAUCUCACUUCUGACCGGAUGAUUUUGAACCCAAACUUGAUGAGAUCUGUCUGGCAUAGGUCCUGCUAACUCAGAAUAAACUUUCCUUCUUUGAGAGACUUAGUAAAAGUUGUAGCAGCUUUACAAAAAUCAUCACUAACAUUUUAAAUGUCCAUGCAAAGUAUCUAUCUGGAAUAGAUUUAUUCUUCUGAACAACUGGUAUGGAGGAUCUGAACUGUUGGAGCAAACAGUUACACUAUUAAAAUGGAAGUUGCCAAUACUUGUCCUAUUUACAUUUUAUUUUUAUCUUGUAAAAUACGAACUGCAGUACUUGCCAAUGAAAACAGGUAAAAGUGUCACUUCAUCUUAAAACAAGUCUGUCUAGAAGCUGUCGUUUAGAAUAAAAAAUAUGUGACCGGCAGUUAUUUUAAUAAAGUUCAGAUAAUGUGUUCUACGUGUAGAAUAUCUUUAGCUGUAAAUAUUAGCUUGUUCUAUUCUUAAAAAAAAAAAGCUACUGUGAAUAUCUUCUGACAAUUUAUUGUAAUUUUGAUACGUUUUUACAACAAAUGUAACUUUUGUAAAAUUGAUAAGUUCAGUA